AUGACAGCGGCUCCAUGCAGUUUGAAGAAAAUGGCGCCCGUUAUCAAGGACCUCAAAUUGAUCCUCAGCCGUGUCACCUACGCCGCAACACUGUUCGACGAUGACGGCAUCCAGAUUCGCUUCAUGAACUCGAAUGAGCAGGGAAAUAACAUUCGCAAUGAACAGCAGAUCGAACACCUCAUCAGCACCAUUAGGUUCUCGGGCUUGACUCCGAUGGGCACCAGCCUGAGGACUAAGGUCUUGGAGCCGUUGGUGCUCGGGCCUGCUAGAAGCGGUCAGCUGAAAAAACCUGUCUUGGUCAUCACCAUCACCGAUGGGCAGCCUGCUGGAGAACCAAACGGUGCGGUAUCUGAUGCUAUUAGGUCUGCGAGCGCGGAACUGAGAGCGCUCCCCCAGUAUGGGCCUGGAGCCAUCUCGUUCCAGUUUGCGCAGGUUGGGAAUGACUUGAAAGCGCGUGAGUUCUUAGGCAAACUUGACGAGGAGCCCGGUAUCGGUGACCUCAUCGACUGCACAUCCAACUUUGAAGUGGAGCAGGAUGAAAUGUCCCGUGCCAACCCACCAGUUGACCUAACCCCAGAACUCUGGCUCACGAAAAUGAUCCUCGGCGCUAUCGACUCCUCCUAUGACACCAAGGAUGAGAAAUCUGGCCGGCCCUCCGCUGGCGGCCACCGUCCUCCACCCUCACAGACCCAAUACGGUGCCCCGCCACCACAGGGACAACAGCCACAGUACGGCGGAUACCCGGGAGCCGGAGGAGCGCCCCCACAGCAAGGCGGUUAUGGCGGCUAUGGGCAGCCGCCACCGCAGCAGGGAGGUUAUGGCCAGCAGCCGCCUCAGCAGGGCGGCUACGGUCAUCCCCCGCAAGGCGGUCAAGGGGGUUAUCCACCGCGAUAUUAG